CAACCCGAUGCACGGCAAGGAUACGGUUCGCGGGCCGAGAAUGUAUCGCAGUCCGCAUGUAUUUGUUAUGCAACGUUCGUUCGCAGUCUUUCGAAAAGUGACAUUACUCCGGUAGUAUGUCAGUGCCGAGUAACUAUCGAAUUUUUAAUACAAGAAACGGGAGCGGCGCGCGUCGAGAUUUUGCAUCGUUAAAUGGUCUUCCCCGUAAUCCGCAUUUGCAUUUUAUCGCGUCCAGAUAAACGCACAAUAAAAUUUCUUAUUGUCAAAUUAUCUCGAGGAACGGUACCACUCAACGAGAAAUUCUAACUGCUCAUCGCUCUGGUGUAUAAAUAAAUUGGAAAACAACAAUUGAUAAAAGAGAUAAUUGCAUCAAUGGAAAUUGGAAUGGUCCAAUACAUAUAUGACGACGCGAGGGAGCUUACAUAACAACUGCACAAGCGGCUUGAAUUGCUUAAUCGGAUCAAAUGCUUUUUCUAAACGAGACAAAUUGUGCUGAAGGGUAUAGGUCCGUCCUAGUGGCUCAAUUUACUGCGUUACGCCGGAAAAUCGUCAAGGUUUCCGGGACGAGCAAAAUUAGAUUUUAAAUAUAUACAAAACGAUUUUAAGUAUAAAAAUAGCUCUUCCUGCUACGCGCGACUUGUGCAAGGAGAUAACGCGGCGCUCGUAAGGAUGCAUCGCACUUCGAUCAGUGACGACAGCGAUGACAACUGGCACGCCGCUGAUCGCGAUGUAUAAAUGUGCGGGGAUAUUCCUGCGUACACGUAUAUUUUUCCGACCGUUGAUCCUCUAAUUGUCUUUUGAGACAGCAAUGAGUCAACAAUUAUGAUCGCGCAAAUAAGUGACCUUGACGUAAACUAUCGACUGACAAUCCCGCACGGUGGAAAGAUGCUUUCCAUUUGACGAACGCGCAGCCGGCAGUAUCGGGAGGAAAACUCUUGUCGUCCGAAUAUAUGUAUAUAUCUUUCUGAAAUCCUUUUCACGGGGAUAAAAUAAUUUUUACUGCGCGAUGGCCGAAGACGAGAUGAAGGACUGGAAAAUCGCCAGGACCGGCAUCUCUCUCCUGCUGAACAACAAAACCGAGGAGGCCGAAGCUCUGUUUACCGAACAUCCUCAUAGCUUCCACGUCAAAGCCGGCCGUUGCUUUGUUCUCUUCUUGAAUGCCCUGAUGACUUUCGAAGAGGACAAGAUUCAGGAAGCCACGUUAUUUCUUAAGGAUAUGGAACGGGAAUGUGCGGGCGAUAUAGGAUGGCUGAAGUCCGUGAGAAGUAAAGUGUUCAGAGCUGAAGAGACCGGUAAGGACUACGUGAAUAAAUUAGAGCGCCAAAUAAUUCUAGCGGAUACACAGGUAUUUUCGGCUGUAUCAUUGUUCCUCCAACAAGAGCUAACUGGAUACGUUCGUGGCUGCUGGAUUCUCCGAAAAGCUUGGCGUGUUUAUCAGCACGCGUACAAUCAGAUCUUUCAACUGUAUCGUCGCACCUUCGGUACAAAUCCGACCGGAUUCAACCCAGGAUGUUGCAUUACACCGACGAGCAACGGAGCCUCUCUGCAGAGCCCGCAGAGUCCGGAAUCUUCGGAAUGGUCGAUACCAUCCUGCAACGGUUACACAAACAAUGUGACACCCGUGUUGUCGUCGCCAUCAGGUCUGCGAAGCUCUCUAUCAAUGCUCUUCUCGCUCACUGGCAUCACGUCCGAACAACAGACACCCUUCGUGGAACCUACGGAGGUGACACGUUUAAUGUCGGCCGCAAGUUUCGGUUACGGUAUAUACCUGCUCUGCGUGAGCCUCUUGCCACCGUCUGUGCUGAAAGUAAUCCACUUCCUUGGCUUCGAGGGUAAUAGGCAAUCAGGUCUUACUGCCCUCAUGUAUGCACGACGUGGCGAAGAUAUGCGCGCACCGCUUGCUACAUUAACCCUACUUUGGUAUCACACGAUUGUCCGUCCGUUUUUCGUGUGUGAUGGAAAUGUAAAAGCGGGCAUCGCGGCAGCGAAGCAGCUGAUAACUGAAUGUCAUGCUGAAUUCCAGAACUCUGCCCUCUUCCUCUUUUUCACCGGCAGAAUAGAACGUUUGGAGAAAAAUGUCGAUGCAGCGUUAGAUGCGUUCAGCAAAGCCGUGGAGGUUGGAACUCAGAGGGAAGUUAAGCUGCUCUGUUUACACGAGGUGGCUUGGUGCCAUGUGAUAUGCUUGAACUACGAUGAAGCGUAUCGAUCUUUAUUGCAGCUGCAGCAGCAAUCGAGAUGGUCCAAGGGUUUCUACGCUUACCUAGCUAUGGCUUGUUGCGGAGCGAACGGCAAGUUUGACGUUCUCCUGUCGCUGUACAGCAAGAUCAUUCCUUGGUUCCACGAGACGAAAAGCGAGACGCAACUCGACGCUUAUCUCAUGCGCAGGAUGCCGAAACUCGUCGACAAGGAGACCGGCCGUCCUUACACAGUUCUGUAUUAUAAGCUACUCGUAUACGAAUCAUUGUACUUGUGGUCCCACCUUUCGUCCUGUUCCAUCGAAUCGCUGCGGAAAAUAUCAUAUGAGUGCAAGGAAACUUCUUCCGAGGAGCCGAUGGUGGGUUUGACUGAUCUUAUCGAAGGCGCAGCGUGUCUUUAUCUGGGGGACACCGAAGAGGCCAUUAAAAGUUUCCGAAGUUGUCUGAAACGUAGGUAUCCGUCCAAGGACGAGUACGACCAGCAUGUCAGUGUGUUUGCCCUGUACGAAUUAGGAUGUAGUCUUAAUAAAAAUAACAAUCCUAACGAAGGUAAAAAUUUCCUAUUGAAGGCGCAAACCCAGUACAAAAAUUACGACUUUGAAACUCGACUCACUGUGCGUAUAGAUGACGCCCUGAAAAGUAUGCAGUGACGUUAAUCGUCCGAUAUUACGAUAGUUUAAGUUUAUCAGAAGAAAUAUCUUUAUAUUUGGAUACAGUAAUAACAUUUUGUGCAUGUUACUAUCGUCCAAGAUCUCGUUAUUUCACUUUAAAGAUCAACGAAGAUCAGAUUUAAGGCAAUCUGAUCACUUGAAAUAUGAUUUCAGGGACCUUUUCUUUUUAUUUUAUUAGUAUUAUGCUUUAUGUAUAAAAUACAUCGAUGCAAAUGUAAUUCUAUACAUAUGUAUAACUUCGAAAAUGAAGGAUAAACGCAGACGAACAUUAUACAAUUUAUCGCAUUUAUUUAGAGCGACAGAGUUAUAUGCAAAAAGUAUACUAAACUGCAGUAGAAAUAGCGAUUUAUACGAUAUGAAUUAUACGAGUGUUCUUUUACUCCGUCUCAAAAAGAUGUGUAUGCAUCGGUAAAAUGGAAUUGGAUCACAUCUUCUUGUAUUAUUCGGAAAAGCUAUUUGCUCGGAUAAUCAUGUAUAACGUUAUCUAUAUUCACCUUGUACAUAUAUCGUGUGUACACCUGCAAAUAAAAUAACAUGGGAAAAUAGGGUAAGAAAAUAUAUUUGAAUAUUUCAUGGAAA